CCCUCUUCCAAAACCCAUAUACCCUAACAUUCAAAUGAACCGGUGACAAUGUCGAAACAAUACCUUACAACGCACACGAUCGAUGACGCCCAUAAAACAGACAUCUUUUCCCUCGCCGUAACCCCCAGCUCUAUACUCUCGGCCUCCGGCACAUCCUCUCUUAAAGUCCACAGCACACUCACCACGCCCCCUUCUCUAACCCAAACUCUCCCCGCCCACAAACUCGGCUGUCACCACAUCUGCACCUCUCGAUCUGGCACUAUUGCAGCAUCCGCCGGUUUCGAUGGUACAGUUAGCAUUUGGAGCUCUUCUCCAAAUGCAGACGGAUCAGAAGAAUGGUCUCAUCAUGGCCAUAUCCUCGAUGGCAACAAGCCCGGUGAAAUCUGGGCGCUAGCAUUAAGUGCUGAUGGAAACUUUCUUGCAGCAACGACUAUUGAUGGAAAGAUUGGAGUAUGGGAUUUAUUACAAGGAGCUGAAGAGAAUGCGGGAAAGAAAAGUGUAGGCAAGAAGAUAAGAGAGUAUGAGACAAAGGGAAGCUUUGGACUAUGCGUGGAUAUCAGUGCGGAUGGAAGAUUUACGGCCAGUGGGCAUGAGAACGGAGGGGUUUAUGUUUUCAAUAAUGAUACGGGAAGAAUGGUACAUAGUUUACCUGGACUGAUCCAACCCAUCCGCACCAUUUCCUUCUCUCCUCUCUCUACCUAUCUGGCUGCCGCUGGCGAUUCCACAACCAUUGCCCUCUACUCCGUUACCCAUGGCGAACAAGUCGCUAAUAUGACAGGCCACACAGCCUGGAUUUUCAGCAUCGACUGGAGUUUCACGGGCGAAUAUCUAGUUAGUGGUGCUUGGGAUGGCAAAGCCAAGGUAUGGAGUGUCGAGGGAAGAAACUGCGUGGCGACGCAUAGUGAGACGGAUAAAGCGCUUUGGGCUGUCAAAUGGUUGCCAAAAGUGCAGGGGAAGAGUGAGGCGUUUGUUACGGCGGGGGCAAAUAGGAGUUUGAGCUUUUAUAGAGAGGCUACAGGUGGUUGAGUUGAUAUUCAAGAGAAAAGGAGAGGCUGUAAAGAGAGAAUGAUGAGCUUUGCUAAAGCUACUGCAUCAAGACUAUAGAGUCAAGUUUCAUGCUCGAUGUGAGCGAGGGGAUGUAGCUCAGUCUUGAGCCAUAAUUAAAAGUUCUAAUGGCUACCUACAUGCGGUACAAUUCCACAAUAAGUAGCUCAAUCACAAAUACGAAUUCAAGCGAAGAUAUUGCAAGUUGCGAUACCAUAGCAAUUCUUUGAUGCCGAAACAUUA